AUAGUUCCUACUCUAGUUUGAAAAAAGUGAAACUGGAAGAAAACUAGGAGGAACGAGGCAGUCCCUAGUAUUUGUUUGCUUUCUUCUUCCUCCUUUGUUCUGAACAGCGGCGAGAAUGGGAAAGAGUUAGAGCUAGGGUUGAUCUUCUUCUUCUUCAACCUGUUUUCUCCAUUAUUUUGUGUGGAACUUUUGAGUGGACACCUCUAAUCAAAGAAGCCAGUGAGAAUGGGCUUGGGAAAUCUGCAGAAAUGGACUCCUCUAAUCAAAGAAGCCUUUCUUCAAACUUUUCGGGUCGCCAAAUUCUUCUGCGCCGUUCACGUAACAAACACCUAUAUCUGCACUUUUGCUCUGACCAGGGGACCCAGUAUGCUGCCAACAUUCAAUUUGACUGGAGACUUCGUCUUGGCCGAACGGUUGUCGACCCAGUUUGGAAAAGUAGUCCCUGGAGAUGUGGUCCUUGUUCGGAGUCCCGAUAACCCAAGGAAGAUUAUCAACAAGCGAGUGGUUGGCGUCGCUGGUGAUACUGUUAAAUUUGUUGCAGACCCUAAUAAUUGCGAUAAAGAAGAGACUCUUGUGGUACCUCAAGGUCAUGUUUGGAUUGAAGGAGAUUUCAAAUAUAAUACCAAUGAUUCGAGGAAAUUUGGGCCUGUUCCCUAUGGGCUUAUUCAGGGCAGAAUCAUAUGUAUUGUCUGGCCUCCGAAAGAUAUUGGAUAUGUGGGAAGAGAUGUAAAGAAAUCGAGUUCCUGAAGUAUAUCUUAUGGAAGAUGAUGCCAAUUUCGUCUCCACCGGCCCACGGAUUUGAGACAAAAGGGACGACAAAACAUCUUCGCAACCCACAAUGCGACUAGGUUAUCUUCUUCUCUGAUUCCUCGCCCGUGUUCCUUGCCGGGAGUAGUAGAAAUAAAUAUGUGAAAGUGUUGAAAAGUGAAUAUGUGGUUGAAGUUAGUUUAGAAGAGAGAAAUUUUGAAGGCCACAUUCCUUUCUUUUAAUAGAAAGAGUAGAAAUGUGAAUGUUUUUUUUUGGACAUCCAAAUAAUGUUAAGUUUCAUAU